UUCACUUCUCAUUGUUCUUGUGGUCUUCUAUCCAUGGUGCAAAGAAUGAAAAAAUUGGCGAACUUAUGGCGUUCUAGAAGCGAGCUGCCGGCCCCGAAGAUGUCGAGAAUGGCGUUUUUGAGGCCUUCUAGAAGCGAACCAGUAGGGCAAAUGCUACAAAAUAUGGCGUCUGUGUGGCCUUCAGAAAUCGAGCCGUGUAUAGUCUUCCCUAGUUUCUCCUCCCCCUCGGUAGAAUCUCUCACAGUCUGGACCAAAUCCCUCGUCUUCAACGGCCAUGGCUACACUGUUUAUGACUGCGAGGGCCGGAUGGUGUUUAGAGUCGAGAAUUACUGCAACUCGAGAGAUCAUCCUGUUUUUCUGAUGGACUCUGCUGGCAAUGUGCUGCUAACCAUCCGGCGCAAGAAAUUGAGCCUACUUGAAAGCUGGGAAGCAUAUAGAGGGGACACUUUGGGAUCACGCAAAAUGCAAGAGAAGCCCCUGUUUAGAGCUACAAAGGCUCUUUUGUCCUCCCAUUUAAGCACCGGAGAGAUCGAUGGAUCAAUAAAUUUUCGACUGAGUUCUUCAAGAGAGAAAGGCUGGUCUAAAAUCCAUUGCAAUUCUGGUGCACUUGUAGCCGAGGUAAAAAGGAAGCAUGCAGGAGUGGGGGAUGUGUGGCUGGGAGAAGACGUGUUGAACCUCAAAAUACAACCCGGAAUGGAUCAAGCAAUCGUCAUGGCCCUAUUUAUAAUCCAUCACGCAAUUUGACACCAAACAUUCACUCACAAGUUAAAUCAAAUUCAAAUACUUUUCUUUUGUGAAGAAAGAAGCUUCCUUUUCCUAAGUGACAAAAAGGUCUCUCUCUCUCUCUCAAAUUCCUUGUAUCAUAGUAGGUAGUCAGGGUGGUGGGGCGCCACUACAUGAGUCUUGGGUUCCAUUCUUACCGUGUACAAAUACCCAUCCCUAUUGAACUGCCCCAAAGAAAAGAAAUUUCUUGUAUCAUUGGACAAUUUAUUCUCUUAUUUUAAAAGAAAGGGGAGAAAACCCCUACAAGGGAAAUCCCGAAAUUUGAUAA